AUGGCGCCGGGACACAGUAGCCUGACGCCCCGCAGACAGCUCCAGCGCCAGAGUACGCUUCUGGACCCUGAACAGGCGAUUGGUAGUACCGCGCAAGCAGGUGCUAAAUCCACUGAUGUCCCCGGAAAGCAGAGUGACUAUGCUCCAAGACGAACAUUCUGGAAUCUCAAUGCCGACAAGAUUGUCACAAAGCUCAAAGCCCAUGAGACUCUGAAACUAAUGGAAGGGUAUAAUCUGACUGAUCUUCCGCGAUUCAACGACUUGGUCAUGUACAAUAUCACCGAGCCCGAGCAAUACGAGCUGUGGUCCAAGGAAACGCAUCGCCAACCUGGAAGGCUAUACCAACUCGACAAACUCGCUACCCAGCUCCUACACGCCUCUGACAUCGCUUUCCAGGAUAAUGAGAUUUUGCUCCUCAACAAUACCCCGUCGAUAGCCAAUACCGCCGCGUUUCGCGGCGUGAAGCUGAAUCUGCUGAAGAAUUAUGGGCCAAACGCUACCACUCAGAAGUUCCAAGGCUCCAUCCGGCUCAUCAGAAACAACGACGAGUGCAUCCAGGCUGUGGUGAACUAUGUGACUGGAAUCCUGGUCCAGGUACUUAUGCGUGCGGCAGAGGGGGACUUCUGGGACGAGCAUUGUCUGAUUGCGGUAGCCAAGCUUGCCGCAAAGCUCAAGGUUGUGGCACUCGACCUCCCCAAGGCUGCUGCCAUUAGCAUUGCUGCCGAGAGGGAAUGGCAGAAUCAGGUCCGCAGGAACCUCGGCGCUGACUUUCCCCCACCAGAGGACAAAGCGCAGCAGACGACCAGAAACAUCCAAUUGACGGCACUCCAGGCAGAGGACGUACACCUGGGCCACCGCUAUUUUCGAAUCAUGGACGCCUUCUACCAAUCAAUGGGCGUGCUUGUGAGAAAUAUCUUGAAAAUGCUUCACUCGAACGACGACGUAACCACAAACCCGGACGUAUUUGAAACCAGUUCUAUAAUGUACGACACGGGAUUCAGAGGACGGCGCUCCAUCCUCUGCCAGGAGAGAAGUGGAGCGAUCGGCGCCAGCGGCCAUCGCGGUGAGGUGCACUGUGCCGACUUUGCCUCAGAAGUAUGCCUAGAUGCGUUCGAAAACUUGCAUGGGCAGUUACCUGUGCCAGAGAGUACGGCGCUGGACCAGCCGUACACUCUCAUCUAUUGGAAAUGGACUGAACUUUCCCCAGUCGGUGACAGCGCAUCAGAUAUAUCGACAAAGAAGGUUAGAACUGGAGAGAUGAAGCUCCGGUCAAUGCGACAUGUCAUUACUGCCUUGAUCCCGUAUACCAUGGCCUGCGGCGAGUUUGCGAGCCAGCUGAGGAUCGUGAUCACAAACGCCAUGCGCGUGGUGGACCCCAUCUAUCGCGUGAGGCUAUGCACCGAGGUCAGGUUCCUCGCAGCGUUCUUGGUUCGCACCAGUACAUACAACCACCCAAUCGACGCCGAGGUCACCAGUGUCUGGGAAAGUAGCAUAUCCCAACAGAGAGCCCUGGCCGGAAGGUCACUUGCCAGGCAACCACGACCCCCACCAUAUGGGCACAAUGAGCUGUGUAAUAUCCUUCGCACGGAGAAUAGUCGGACAGCCGCGGGACUCGAUCAGUUGGAAACCUGGACAAUCGAUGAAAAAUCAAUCACUAUUCUGUACCGCAGGUACUGCUAUGGAUCGCUGGGGGUAUGUGCAACUCUCGUCACGGGUGGACUUGCCAUUGGUCUCACGGUCGAACGACGUAUCAACGGGGUUGACCCUUUCAAUAUCUCCAUCUUCUGCUGGACGCUCGCAGCAUUCCUGGCGCUAUUGCUCAAAUCCAUCCGCGUGGAGAACUGGCCAUGGCGUGACUUCUUGAGAGGCCGGGUUGUCUGCCGCUCCGUGUCGGAGGUGCGCGACGUUGCCGGCAUGGAGCCCCAGCUGUUCCUGUCGAUUCUGCUCAUACUGGAAAUCCAAAUGAUGCUAUCCAAGCGCGGCCGCUUCUGCGUUCUUUUCACACGCAAGGCAGACGAUGGCUUUCUAAUCGAUAUCCCCAUCACAACAAAAGCAAUGAGCGAUGGCGGGUGUUUCUUUGCCAAGGUAGUGACUGAUGCGGGGCCGGCUUUAGUAUGUGUUCGUGCACCAUGGGGCCAGCCCUAUACAAAUGUUGAGCCAUACGAGAGUAUCGAGCGUGGAAAUGAGGCCCAUUGCUCGAGUUUGGAAGACGCGUGGAAAUGGGGCAAGGGCGAAAAAGAAUACCCGCUGUACCAGCUUUCAACAAACUCUCUCGCCUGGGCUCGAGUUGUCGGGCUUUUCUCCAAGGACGCGUACUUUUGA